AUGUACGCCUCAACUGCUCAUGAAAACUUCAUCACAUCAUCACUUUACAACCCUACCCUCAACUCUACCUCCUCGACUUCCUCCUUUGCCACCUCUCCGGACAUUCACCAGGCGGGUCGCAAGGAGAAUAUAAGAUACCUGUUUAGAAAGGGUGUGCCAUUGCAGGGUGGGAAUGGGGUCUAUGGAGUAUCAGAGCUGUCCCUGGCGAUCUCCAAUGGGUGGGCAGAUAUCGGGCGGGAUUUGGGGAACAUGUUCGACUUGAAAAGUAAAGUCUAUGUCAAAGAGCUUCAGUACGGUCAGCGGAAGGCGGCCGAGAUGACGAAAUACGAUUGCCUCAGGGUCUUGGUCUUCCUGGGCAUCCAGCGGGGGGUCAAGCCUCUGCCUAUGUUCCUGGGCUUCUGUAAUGGCGGGUUGGGUCUGCUGGCGGAGCGCUCUGACAAUCUCAGACAGACAAGGGCGUUGCUUCUUGCCCAACAAAACCCCUUGAUCAGAAAAAUGCGAGAUGCUCCAAGAGGGGGAAGGGUGGUAAAAAGAAAAUGGGCCCUUCCUCGCCAGAAGGCUUUCCAGACACCUGUUUAG